AUGUUUUGUUGCCAUGUUUCGAAGACCCUGACAGGAAAGGAGGUAAGAUAUUUUCAUUUUCCUGUCUUAAAUUAAACCUACCUAUCGUGAGAUAGUUCUCAAUGAUUAUUUUUAAACUUGUGUAUAAAUAAAUUUAUCUGAUCUUAUCUACUGAUGCUGCUAUCGAUAAAGACAAGAGAAUAAAAAUCAACUCUUUCUUUAUCAGCUUGAUUGCAACAUAAUUGCUUGAUAGAAAUUUUAUAGUUGUACAAACGUUAAUUAACUUAAUCCAAGUUGUAAUGUAACCUUAUGUACAUGUACAACGUACGUCUCUUUGGAUCGGGUAGGCAGAUAUGUGUACUCUGAUUUCACUCAACACGCUAUGCACCUCAACGACAACAUUUUCCAUCAGAGAAUUGAAUCCACAUGUCCUUUUCACUAAUCAGUGGAAAGCACCGGCCCUAUGAUAUCAUUGGUUAAUUAUCUUCUUUGAAGGCGUCAUUUAGAAAUAUGAAAUUCUUAAAAAUUUCAACUGUCACUGAUCUGGUCAUCUAGAGCCGCAUUCACCCCAAAGCUGAAACAUGCUUUAAAUCAGUUUAGUUAAACAAAGUUUUAAGUUGUUUCACAAAAUGUUUCUGGAAGCUUUUUACUGUAUUUUUAUAGAUUGCAAGAAGAGUGCAAUUGAAUACGUUAUUAUCCUCAGUUGAAUUCCGUAAAUCAGAACUACAUGUUAAGCUAUUCAGGAAAGAACAAAUGCCAUUUCAAAUGACACCUAGUAGAUAUAGUACUGAACAAAAGUGUGUCAGUUGCACAUGCUUGUGAUUUGAGAAACUAAGGUGCUGUAUAAAAUAUAUUUUGUAUAAUCUCAACUGUAUUGAAAUAACCAGUCUGGCCUGGAUAGAUUUUUAUUGUAUAAAAUCUUAAUCAGAUUUGUUUUUUUUUCUUUGGAUUUUUAGAUUGAGAUUGAUAUUGAACCCACAGACAAGGUAGAUACAAUGAUAAUGAUUACAUCUACCUUUAGAACAGUAUAAGAGUACUAUAAUAUUGUGAGCAAUGUAUCAGGUUGCAUUGUUUUCCUUUUCAGUAAAAUUAUAGUUGUUUUUUUUUUUUUUCAUAUGUGUCAGAGAAAUGAGGAAAAAUGUUCAUGCAAAACCAGUAAAAAACAUUUGCAAUAAAAGUAGCUGUCAUUAGGUCUCAAUAGAGCCCCAAAAAGUCAAAAUGGUAGAAGCUGCUAAGUGCAUUUAGAUUGCAUGAGCUGAGAGAAACUGCUGUAUUAUCUAGAAUUUGAAGUCAAAGGGAAAGGUAGUGCUAUUGCCAGUGCAUUUAAGUUCAAAUUGGUGUAAUUGUUUAUAACCGGGAUGGUUUUAUAAAAUACUUAUCUUGCUAUAUUUUCAGAAAAUGUGAUUUGCCAUUAAAAAGAAUUAAAACGAUUAUAUAUUAGAGUUCAAAUUAUUUUUGGACUGUAUUACUUUCAAAAUUUUAUUUUAUUUUCAAGACCUUUAAUUACUACUAAACUGAAGAAAAAUAUCUAAAAAUAUCUUAUCUCUCAAAAUUUUUCUCCCGUUUCAAAACAGGUGGAAAGAAUAAAAGAACGCGUUGAAGAAAAGGAAGGAAUUCCCCCUCCACAGCAGAGGUUGGUGGUUUAUUAUAAUGGAUUUAAGGCCACAUUGUAGCCAUUCGUUUCUAUUACUGGCCAAAACCAAUAUUCCAAAAAUCCUGAAUUUCAUUUUUUGAGAUACUGAGAGACAAAAUAGUUAAGCCACAUGAUAAUUUUGCUGAAAAGUUUUAAUUUGAAUUUUAUAUCAAAGAUUUUCUUUUUCCAUAUAANUUUUUUUUUUUUUUGGGGGGGGGGGGAGUUCUUCGAGACAAAUAGUUAAGCCACUUGGUAAUAAAUGUGUAAAAAAGUGUUCAUUUUAUUUUAUAAGAGUUAGCACUCUAGUACUAAGAAUACAUACUUCAGUGCCUUCUUCUGGAAAGUUUCAAAUGACUUUAUUAUAGCGGAGCAAGUUUUCAAUCAAUAAUUAUUUGUUGUUAAUUCAUCACUAAUAUUAUUGACAAGUGUAAAAAAUGGUGCCUAAAUGUUUGAGGGGGGCCUGUUGCAAUACAAAGUAAAGAGGUAUCCCAGUAAUUGAGAAAGCGGAAACCACCCUGGUAGACCUGCAGUGGUGGCUAACACGCAUCGUCACAUUGACCAUGAAAAAAGAAGAAACUUAGUAGAUAUGAAAUACCAUCAAAUCAUGUAUCUGUGAUGAUUUGUGCAAAACAAGAGGAAUAUCAGGAUCAGGCAAAGAUCGGUUCAAUGAAGAGCUGACAUGUAAUACACAAUACACAAGAACCGUAAAAACUUGGAAGGUCAUGUACUCUGUACACAGGAAAAAAUAACAGAUUCCCAUUUUUGGAUAUUUUUGGGUAUUUAAAGAAUACCCACAAAAAUCCCAAAUUUGGAAGAGUGAGACAAGUCCCAAUCUGGGAACUUGGUCUGGAAUUCGCUGGUUGGGACUUGUCUCACUUUGCCAAAUUUGGGAAUUUUAUGGGUAUUCUUUAAAUACCCAAAAAUAUCCAAAAAUGGGAAUCCGUUAUUUUUUCCUGUGGUAGUAAUGAGGGCACCGUUCAUUGAGCUGACUCAAGGUUGACUUUGCCUAAAUAUGUCUUAAGAAUAGGCCUUUUGCAAUACUUGAUCACGUGAUCAACAAAAAUGGUUCGCGUUUAGAAAAUUUUGUUAGCAGGACCUGAAAGAGCAUAUUACAAUUGGUUAACCUGCAAAUUUUCAGUCGUAUAUCUCAAAAGAAGCGAUUGCAAGGGUUGGAAAAAAUUAGAAGGAUUUGUAUGCCAACAACUUUUGCCACCCAGUCAUGGUUGAGUGGUUUUCCAUACAAAUCCUUGUACAUUUCAAAAUUUUCAAACCAUCGUAAAAUAUUUCCUUAAGGUUUAUGGCAUUCAAACUUUCUUUUCUUUUCAUAAAAGACAAUUUGGACCAUUAAAUGUGUAACUAGGAAAAGAUUUAACUAUAGUUUUUAAAAAACUUUAAGCCAAAAUGGUUCAAACAGUACUUAAUGGUUAAUGCUGGUAGAUGCAGACAGAGAUGAUAAACCCUGCAGGCUUAGAGGCCUGAAUGUAGAGAUUUUGUGGAUUACACAAGCCCCUACCCCACCCAACUCUCAACACAGCCCCAGAUGAUUUUUGUUGGAUUUUAUUGAGAAUUUUAUUAUGGGAAUCAGGCACUUGAAAUGAACAAAUUGAUUUAAGUGAUACUUUGUUUGUUUCAAUGGUAAUGAUGGAGAAAUCUUUGGGGACCAUGCAUGUGCAGGAGACAGUGCAUGUGCAGAAGACAGGGAGAUGAGUUCUCUGUCUAGAACACUUUAGAAAACAUGGUAUAGUUGGCAUCAUUUGCAGAUAAUCUAAUAGCAUGGAGGGUUGUCAAAAGUAGCCGGCUGCCAGCGAAAAAUUGCCGCCAACUUGGUUAGUACCGGCUGGCUACUCUGCUUGGCAUUUCUUUACAGAUGUCGUUUUUUAAAUAAAAUAUCCCUGGACUGGCCGCUUACUUGGACAACUCAGCCUUCUACUUCAAAAAUUUCUGACAAUCCUGCCAUGCCAAACAAUUUUGAGGUAGAGCACCUUGUUAUGUCGCAAUCUGAUAAUGCUCUGUUUUUUUGCUUUUGAUUUCAGGUUGAUAUUUAGUGGGAAGCAAAUGUAAGUCAAUACGGUAGUUGUUUAACCUUUUCAAUUUUUAUGUAAUUGAAAUAUGAAUAUACUAUGUUCUUUAGUUAUAAUAUUUUCAUAUUAAGUUUCUAGUUGUGUAAAAUUUUGCUUAAGUGCUCGAUGAAAAGUAAACAAUAAUUGAAAAUAAUGUUAUUAGUGCCUCUUAGAAAUUAAUGUUUUGAAUGUGCUUAUCAUGAAGUUCGCUAGGUAAGUGGAAAGUAAAGCUGUGGCAAAAGGGGCAUCAAAAACGAGUAACUUGUUUUUCAACAUCGCAGGAAAGUGGGUUGAAAAAUGAUGUCACCCAUUUUACCAUGCAUUCUCUAAUCAACUCUGUCCUGAUCAGAUUCUUGCAAGUUGUUAAAAGUAACUUUUUACAACCUACAAGAAUCUGAUUCUGAUCUGUUGUUGCAGAAAGGAGAGCAAAGUGACACUUUUGCAGCAAAAUUUGUACCUGUGGUAAACGGAUUUUACCAGUAAACUUGCCAAUCCCAUGUAUAGUGUGACUGGCAUAUAAUUUUAUCCCAUCAGAAGUCGUAAUUCACGCAACUUGCAACAAUCAGAUUUGUGACAAGACAGGUUUGAUUCAUGGGUGGUUGAAUGUGCAACAUUGGAUCUUUCAACUCAUUUUGCAGCAAUGUUGCAAAACAGGUUGCACCUUUUUGUUGUCCUUUGUACUUUAGCUUACUGUGCUUUUCAAAAACACGUGAACUCUGAAGUUCAAAAGCCAAGUGAUGUUUGCAUUUUUUGCUGCCGUCAAUCAUCUUAGUACCCGACGAGCAGAGGCCCUUCGAUCUUCCUAGACAAGACUUAUCUACAGUAGAAAGAUUGAAGGGCCUCUGCUGGCAGGGUAUCAUCUUAGCGGACCUCUUAGGAAACGGAACUUUACUAAAACAGGUUCAAAAGGUCAUGGUUUGUGAUCUGUGAUUGGUGGAUUUCGAUCCGUUUUGUGUGUUUCUGUGUUUCAAGGUUCAUUGCUUGUGAUUGUCAUUAUGAUUGAUGGCAGCGAAAAACCCAAUUAUGGAGGCGGCUUUUGGACUUAAGAGUUUGCUUGUUUGUGAAAAGCGCGGUAAAGGGUAAGUACAUUUAAAAAGAACAUCUUGAUUAAUUUCUUCUAGUACCUGAUGCAAAUAGAUGGAAUUGACUCUCAGUCGAGGCUGUCCUGAAUAUUUGUUUGUAACACAGGAAACGUGGUUUUUUUUCAGUCUUAAGACUCUGAGUAUUUUUUUUGUUGUUUUGUUCCCAGGAAUGAUGACAAGACUGCUGCGGAUUACAAAAUUCAAGGCGGAUCUGUUCUUCAUCUUGUACUAGCUUUAAGGGGUGGCAUGUAG